AUGACGAUCGGUGGUGCGAAGGGUAAGAAACAUGUGCGAAAGAGACGAUUAGCAUAAAAUCUGUCAGGAGCCGGCUGCGCUCUCGAUUUCGUCCUCCGCUCCCCCCUCAAAUCCCGGAGAUUUAUCAUUCGGUUCGGUAUUAUUCAUUAUGUGCCUCGAUUUCGAGCCUGUCAGCUUUUGCUGCCGAAAUCUGUUCUGUUGUGCGUCUGGGGAACACUUUGCACAUUGUUUACAGCCAUAUUUGUCUCUUUCGUCGCUUUCAAAACAAUUUAGCCGCCGCUGAACGUUUGACACCCACGAAAGCUUCGAAGGAUCGCUUUUCCUGGGUUGAUGAACCUCAGCAACUCUUCAAAGGCAACGUCAAAAUGUAGAUCAGCGUGGUUGGUGAUGGCCGACACGGAUAUUUGGGUCAACAAAGGAGGUAGGGAGGUGUCGACGUCGGCAGAUAAGCAUCGGAACACGAAGACCCUCGCCUCGAGCCUCGGAGGCCAAGGUCCGGCCGUGACAGCCUCAAGAACUGCCUCAAAAGUCUCCAAAAAACGGCUGACCACUUCUUCGUCUCUCGAGAUGGGCUACUGUAACUGCAGUCAUACCAAUUUCUUUUCGGAACUUCGUCAAGGCUUGCAAAAAGAGACAAAAGACCGGGUGUUCUGUUCACCUUUCACUUGUUUUCGUACCGAAAAACUUCCAGCAUGACAACAGAAAGCGAAGUGAGAAGAGUGGAAACAUCGUUAUCUGAUGUAUAACCCCCAAACUCCUCUUUUCAUCAGCUCACAAAAUGAUGUGUGUCGAAUUGAAGAGUCGUUUUGUUGGCAGACAUCCCAUUUUCAGCGGGAAGCGUGAAUUGUAAUGAUGCCUCAUAAGGCAAUCUGCCGUUUUUUCCUCAAAUCGCCAUGUGUCGUCGUCCUUUCGAACUGCUUCUGAAUCUAUUCAUGCGCGACCGAUGUGCUCAAAAAGACUAAAUUUCUUAGAAAGAGAAAAAUAAUGUUAUAAACUGAAAUAUCUGCGUUCAUUUUCUUCUCAUUUUCGCGCACAGCCUUUACUCUGAAAAAAUUCAUGGCUUAUGGUCUUAUAAUUAAUCUUCUCCGAGGCUGCUCGAGACAAAAAAUAGUCAAAUAUUACAGAGUUCGGUUCUGCUUUUAAAUGCUUUUAUGAAAUAAGUUUCUGUGUCUUCGUAAAUUCCAAAUACUUUUGAACUGACUUUAUCAAGCAAAGCCGUCGAAAUGAACACCAUGAGGAAGUCCAUCAUUCAGAACUGCAUCCUUAUAUCGAUUUCAAGUAAACUUCUUUUUUUCCAAUUUUUAGAGAAACGUUCAUGUGUUCCUGGAAUGAAUUCAAGUGACUUCAAAUGUUUUCUUUUCGAAACUUGAAGCGGCGACGGCAAAACAAAAGGCUGAUAAUUGAGCGUGAACACGCGGUGGCGGCGGCGUCAAUCGUUUCGAGCCUCAGCUGAAGGUCCGAAAGACCGCCACGUGCCCUGGGCCAGACCAGGUGCAACCGAAGUUGGCUGCGAGAAGAGGUGGCGAAAAAAUCCCGGAGUCGAAGGAAGGGACGUCGCAGCUACAGAGAGAUGGCUAUCGGACGAGUUCCUCCAAGCCUGUGUUCCCCUUAGAAUCGCCAAGAACCGUCCUGAGGGCGCAAUUGGAUAUCUUCAUCCUCUCGCUAUUAUUUCAAAAGUGAUCUUCUUUCUAGGGGGGAAAAAAGUUCAACAUCCUACAUUUCCCAAAGAUAUCAAAAGAUUUCACUCUUUGUUCAGUUUCGGAUUCUGCGGACCUGGAAGGCGUUUUGAGCCAGAAGUCUCAAAUUGAAAAUCUGUUUCUGUAUCACAGUCCGGAACCAAGCUGGUAAGACUAUUCGAUGUAUUUGAGAGUUCAAUUAUUCAAUAAUUAACUUGCCCUCUGUAAUUGUGGUGCGGCUAAUCACAGAAAACUUGAAGGGGUGCGAACGUGUCGAUUGCAGCUUAAUUGCUUGGGACCGCCCAAGCAGGGAGUUUCCGCUUAAACAGCGGGACGCCAGGACGCAUCGGCGGUAGGAUAAUUAUUGGAAGAGAUCUUGUAACUCGAUCUUAAACAAAAUACAAAAUUUUUUUCAGUCAUUUUUUUUUGGUAGACUGUCUGAUAAACAAUCAAUAAAGAUAAAAACCUCCAACCUAAGUUAAAAAUUUCUAAUCUUGAAGUUUGACUCGAAAUAAAAAGUCUCCAACGGAAAUUUACCCUAUUGAGCUUUUUUCGAACGACCCUAGGCUGUUCAGAGCUCUAGGAAAAAAAGUCUUUGGUUCUAGAAACUGUAAUCGUGAGCCUUUUUUUGAUAUUUUGAUCUAAAAACCUUUUACAAUUUUUAGACACGGUUCUGCCAUGCUACAGCGAUAUCUCCAACAAGUCCUCCUGUCAAAACAGACACGCACUGUGUGUCGAACUAAUCCCAGUAGGAAACUCCUAAUCCUGCGGUUGUCGCAGUUCAGACGCGAUUAGGAACUACGACGCGUGUCCCGGCCGAUAUCUGGCAGCGGAUCGUGCCGUCGGCUUUCUUCCCAUAUCAACACAUGGCUAGGUGAUGAUGACCAACGAGUCUAAACAGUUCCGCGACCUGCGGUGACACGUUAAUUGCUCAUUAGCGGUGGUGCUGGCUUUUUAUAUCUCUCAUAGGUCCGAAAGCCAAGGGUGAGUCCAAAGGGGCCUGUUUUAUGAAUAAAUGAAAGAUAUACUCCUUCAAAGCUCCCAAUUAGUUAUAGUGCUUUUUGAGAAUCCACGCAGAACACAUCAAAGUUUUACGAGGAUUAAAGAUAUCUCCUUUAAAAAAGAAAUCACUUUCACAACAAAACCCAGUUUUCUCAUAUUAUUUUUCGAAACUGGGUGUACCUCAUAACCAUGGCCUGAAAUCUAAUUAGCGGGUCGCCCUAAUUGAAAUUAAUCUUUUGUGACCUUUGACAGUGUUCUCAGUUUUUCUUAGAACACAGAAUAAGCGAGCAAAACACUUCUCACAUUGUUGAGGCUCAGUUACCGUAUCAACUGUCACGGCACGAGUGGCGUCACGAAUCAGGAACGAGGAUUCUUCAAAGACGAAGAUCCACUUCUUCUUAAAACUUCAAGAAAACUUUCAAUUGAUUGAAUGAUAGAGUAAUAACCAAACUUUUAAGGUCAAAAAUUCAUCAAUGCAACUGUUGAGAAAAAAGAAAACUCUAUCCAAUAUUUUAGCACGUUCUCUCCAUCACCUUUUCAUCGACUUUACGUCAAGUUUACAUGCUGUAUAACGGAAAGUUUUACGAUUGGAGCAAGAUUUUUCGAGCCUGGAAGUCGUGAUUUACGACACCUGAAUGGUAGGUCAAAACAAACCACUGGGAGUUAUUUCUACGUUGAUGCCUAUCGAGACCCAUCACCUUGAUUUACGUCUUUAGCAUCUCAACCUAUACUUUGCCUUUAUUGCUCAUUUACUUGACUUUCUAUUUAUGAUUUGAUCACGAGUAUUGAUAUUGAAGAGGAGACCAUCAACUUUUCUUUUUUUUUUUCUGAUCCGUUGUUUUCUCGUCAAAAAUAGCUUCAUAACUUUUGUUUUGGAUUAGAUAGAUAUCAAAUCCGAAAAUUUCGGAAGAAAACUUGACUAGGUCUGGAUCCUGGCAAUUGUGUAGUCGCUAGGAUUGAAAAACAGUCUAGAGACAAAAUACGCAACCUAGUAAUCCCUUAGAAAACAUAGCCAUAUAGUCCAAGUUGGUUUUUAGUCUGGUGAUAAACGGCAGGCAGCCAUGUUUCUCGGGUUUGUCUAUAGGUUUUCGUCACAGGUUCUAUUUUUUUGUUUUGGACAUCUCUUUCAAGACGCCGCUCCAAAAAUACAUUCUCACAGUCAAAGUGAGCUAAGUAAUAAUUUUCGUAAAUGGAAGUUUCUCAAUAUUUUUUCUAUAUUUUUUUAUAACAAAAACAAGCGAUUUUUUUCUACCUUUUUUUCAUAAAAAAAAUCGUUUUGAAAUAAUUUUAUCAAAUAACUGUACAAGGGUAAGGAAGUUUAUGACCAUUUAGGAGAUAUAAUCAUCACGAGAUAACCGAUAAAACAGCCGCGGCCAAUAAUCGAGUCUCCAUUCGUCACCCAUUAUUUUUUUCGUUGAAUCAAUACUCCAGUUCAUCAACAUAAAAAUUUCUUUUUUUUUUCUUGUUUUUGUUCGGGCAGUCUAUACUUCUGUAAUUUAUAAGCUGAUGGAGUCUUGAGAUGAACUGUUGUGUAAUUUAUCUCUUAUUGACAACUAACAUUUUUGAGAAGUUUUGGAAUAAGACGUGUUCAUCGGGCAAUAGGAAAGCCUUGACGGUCUUCUUUCCCUUCAAACUCCUGGGAAAACUUCCAGCUUGCUUCAUUUUUGUGCUCACACCGUUCGGGUUGGCAGAAACGACGGCAUCAGAAGUGCGGACGUCUUCUGAAUGCCGGUUUACAGGCGUCGAACCCAGGGCGGCAGCCUUUUUGUGGCGGCUUGAUCGCUAUCAACACGGCCUCGUCACUCAGAAUCCCGACUAAUUACUGGGCCUCGCGCAACUCUCCGCCGAGGCCACCGUCCAUAAUCCGCAAACGUUUGCAAUCAGUUAACUUUCUCAGGGAAAAAUGUUCGAUUAUGUUUACAAGUGAAUUCAGAACAUUUUUUGUACUCAAAAAGUUAGAUUCUUUGGGAAGGAGCCACAAGCUUCGGCUGUGUAUAAAUGGCUUCCGGCUCAGCAUUCGGAAGACAAGAACAGAAACACAAAAGACGCAAAAUUGUUUGAGACUAGUUGGAAAUCCAAAAUUUGCAAAGUAGCGUUUAUUUGCAUACGUUCAUACCAAAAAGCUUAAAAAAUAACAGAAUUCAUCACGAUUUGUAAGUUGACCUUCUUUAAGAAAAAUAGAGAUAGCAUAAAUCAAAUUAGCGACUUUGAAAAUAUAUUUGGAAAAUUCGAAUUUUAUCGACAUUAUACCACUUGUUUCCAAUUAUCUAAAGCUUCAAACUCAGAGCUAUUUGAUUACACGAGAAAAGUGAGCAGAUUUAAAACACUGGAGCUGGCAGCUCGCCGAGCCAACGUAGGGCACGUAGUAGGAGCAAAUAUUGACACCUGUGGUGGCCUUUUUGUCUGACCGUACGCGGCAGUUUGGGUUCUUUUGUGUGCUCGGCUUUUCCUUGCGAGACCUCAAAGCUGAACCAACACAUCUCCUUUUGUCCCACUCUCCGUUUCCCUCAUUUGUUUCAAUUUUAUUAUUCUGUCCACAUAAGCCUAUUUCGCUUUUCUAUAAUUCUGGCGCUGAGUAGAUAUAUAUUUUAAUCUUAGUAGAACGCUACAAAUUCAAAAGACGUUGAUUGACGACGGUGACACGUCGGAAGUCGUGCAAAAAGGAUAACGCGACGAUUAGAUCAAUCUUCUGAGUGUUAGACCAUCGGCGCAUUCCUCCUAACUUUUCUGUUUCUUUCAAUUGUUUUUAUUCCUUCUUCUCGAAGACUUGUGAAAAGACAAAAAAAAGAUUAGGUAACUGCGAUAAUUUAUUCUGAACCUUUAAUGUUUGAAUUCACAAAUUAUUUUGAGAUGCGCAAAAUGAGGCAAUUUGCAUGAACGUUUAUACAACCUAAAUUUGAGGCGGUAAAUAAAUUCAAUGCAAGCAAACUUGGUUUUUGUUUUUUCUUGGAUGUGCAAUUCUUGUAGGUUUUGUUUCAUAUAGGUAAAAAUGAACGACUACUCCCUUUUUCCGUAGAACUACUAUCUGGUUCCAGAUUUAAUAGCUUGUUUAGCACUGUCAUUCUUCUUUGGAAUAGACUCUGCUCAAGGAUCAACCCUAACACGUCUACCACCCGUUUCAGAAAGUUCCUCGGCUCGUUCAGCGACGAAGAACUCUUUGCCAACGUGCCCUUACGUCCACUGUGA